GCAUUCUGCCUCACAGACUUGCGGGUUGGCAGUGACGUCUGGCAGCAUGCGCAUGGGCCAUGGUGGGGUGAAGGAUGGAUGGCAUCAGAGCGCGUCAAGACAACGAGAAACAGGUCUCAGCCAUGAUGGACUUGACAGGUCAAAGGCUUAGAUGAGGAUACAGGAGAGGGAUGCACAGAGCUGCACGACUGCAGAACAAUCAAGGAGAAACGCGGUUUGAAUGCGACCAAAGGCGACAAAAGAGGGGCACUCGGCAGCAUCAUGACAGCGAUAGAUGUUUGACCGCCAAUCUGCCAGCGACUUGUCAUGCACGGCUGCAUGGCGCAUCUUUGGUAACGGACAGGAGAAGCAAGAGCAGGAGUAGGAGCAGGAGCAGGAGCAGGCUGCGAAGGCGGGCUUCAGUUAUUUCAAAAUAUAUAUGCUUGUGCAGUCUAAUCCACGUGUCUGUCGUUGAUCGUCCAGACUCUCACGGCUCUUGCUCGCCUUUGCCUCCGCAAGCUUUCAAGGCGCUUCCACGAGCUUCGGUCACGUGCAACAACCAAGAACAUCACCAACGCCGGGUCAUCUAUCCAAGACACAAGACCAACCUCUUUCGCCGCCUGUCAACCUCUUUCAGCGACGUGCAUAUCCCCAUCCCAAUCGAGACCCUGCGUCUACAGCUAUUGGGCAACCCCCAAGCCAUGCAACAGGUCAGCCAGGAGAGACCUGAGUUGGCCGCCGCCGCCUCGGAUCCCGCUCGUUUCCGUGAACUGUACGUCAGCUCUAUCCAGCAGGCCGAGUCUAGAGAGCGCGAGAGACGCGAGCAGAUGCAGUUGCUGAACGAUGACCCCUUCAACAUCGAGGCUCAGCAGAAGAUUGAGGAAAUCAUCCGUCAAGAUCGUGUCAUGGAGAACUUGGAGUAUGCCUACGAGCACAACCCCGAAGGUAGGCCCAUCUAGCCUCCACAAUCCGCCACAUGUGCUAAUCUUAUCCAGUUUUUGGCCGUGUGACGAUGCUCUACAUCAACUGUGAAGUAAAUGGCCACAAGCUCAAGGCCUUUGUCGAUUCGGGUGCCCAAACUACCAUCAUGUCUCCAAGCUGCGCUGAAA